GUUAAUGGCCAAAAUUAUCAGUUAGGGAUAUACUAGUGCCCCUCCUGGAAAAUUACUUGAAAUAUUGUCAGUUUCAACAUUUGGCAAGAACUCUGUCUUCUUGCAGUGUCUGGAUGAAGCAGUACAAGCACAGAGGUAAUGAUUGGGGGAAGAAAUAUUACCAAGAUAACCCAGUUUAUUCUUCUGGGAUUCUCUGAUUUCCCCCAAAUCACAGCACUGCUCUUUGUUACAUUCCUCAUCCUGUACAUUACAGCACUGAUCUGGAACUUCUCCCUUAUUGCUUUAAUAAGGAUGGACUCCUGCCUCCACACACCAAUGUAUUUCUUCCUCAGUAAUCUAUCCUUCAUAGACUUCUGCUAUAUCACCACUACAGUCCCAAAGAUGCUUUUUAACCUAUUCCAGGAAAAGCAAACUAUCAGCUUUGUGGGCUGCAUAAUUCAAUACUUUAUGUUUUGUAGUACGGGGCUGACUGAAUCUUGCCUCAUGACAGCCAUGGCCUAUGACAGGUAUGCUGCCAUCUGUAACCCUCUUCUUUACUCAUCAAUCAUGUCACCCAGCCUCUGUGCUCGGAUGGUGAUGGGAAGCUAUACAGGAGGACUUAUAGGUUCUGUAUCUCUGGUAUGUACCUUGCUGCAGCUCCACUUCUGUGGAAAUAAUGUCAUUAGACAUUUCUUUUGUGACAUGCCCCAGCUGUUAAGUAUAUCCUGCAAUGACACUUUCUUUGCAAAUGUUGUACUUCUCAUAUUAACAAUGUUUUACGGCUUUUCAAAUGCCUUAGUCAUCAUGGUAUCCUAUGGCUAUAUAGUUUCAUCUAUCAUGAAGAUCACUUCAGCUAAGGGCAGGUCCAAGGCCUUCAACACCUGUGGUUCUCACCUGACAGCUGUUUUUCUCUUCUACAGUUCUGGUAUCUUUGUCUAUUUGAGUUCUAUCUCUGGUGGAUCUUCUAGCUUUGACAGAUUUGCAUCUCUCUUCUAUACUGUGACGAUUCCCAUGUUCAACCCUUUGAUAUAUACUCUGAGAAACAGAGAAAUCAAAGAUGCCAUGAAUAGGUUGUGGAAAAAGACAAUCAGCAGCUAA